AUGAUUACGGGUGCUGCACUGGAUAGGGGUAUUCUUGUUGUAUCUGCCCCCGAUGGCCCCAUGCUGCAGACCAAGGAACAUAUCCUGCUUGCUUGCCAUGUUGGUGUGCCAUCAUUUGUGUGUUUUCUAAAUAAGGUCGAUGCUAUUGACGAUCCUGAGUUACUGGAGCUUGUGGAAAUGGAGCUACGUGGUACAAAUGAAGAGAUAGGCAAAAAAGCUAUCCUGAAAUUAAUGGAUGCUGUGGAUGAAUACAUUACUGACCCUGUACGCCAGCUUGACAAACCUUUUCUGAUGCCUAUUGAGGAUGUAUUCUCAAUUCAGCUACUUUUCUUGUCUCAAGGCUACGGGCAGCUUCACCACCAACCAUCCGAGACAUUCUUAGCCCCAAGAGUUUUGGCUGCCAUUGAUAAUCUCAUUCAGCAACUUCGAGUUGAUCUUCCAGCUAAAGAUCUUGGUCAACUAAAUCUUUUCUUGGGCAUUGAGACAUCUAUGCAACCUGAUGAUCCCACUCUUUAUCGAAGUACAAUUGGGGCAUUACAGUAUCUUAUUCUUACUCGACCCAACUUAUCUUUUGCUAUCAAUAAGGGGCAUGUUAAUGCACAAGCUGUCACCACCGAAGAUCAUGUCUCGCAUACAAGCAAACAAAUCACUUCUCCAAUUGUGCAUGACAGUUAG